CUCUCCCCCUGAUGCCCCUUUAAAAUUGACGUUUGGACGCCAUUACGAGAAGAGUCGGCCGGUCCGCCCUUUUCGGCGCUCGAGAUUAGACAAAUUUGGCCAUUAAAUGUACAAAUUGGGCGUCGAAAAGGCAGUAAGUCUGUCUAGUAAACCCGGCUAGCUGUGUUCAGGCACAAAUGACGUCGAGCGUGACCGAUUUGUGCCGCCUAUGCGGCACAGACACCUUCAACAUAGUGCGGCAUCAUAUUUUUGAAGCCGAAAGCUUGGCUAAAUGCAUAGCCAAAAAGAUCGCCGAAUGCCUACCUGUGAACGUCACACCGCAGGAUCGGCUUCCUAAACACAUGUGCGGCGAAUGCGCGUACAAACUGGACCUGCUGAGCGAGUUCAGAGACAAAGCCGUCAAGACUGAGCAUCUCCUCGAAUCCCUGGUGGAUGGGGUCAAGCCUGAGAUAUUAGAGAAUGAAGAGCCUGACAAUGACUUGGGAGCCGACGACGGCUUUCGGUCGGACAGUCCGGAUCAGCCAGAGCCGGAAGUGCUGAUCAAAGAGGAGGAUGCGGAACCACGUCCGGAGAGGAGACCCGUACGAAAGGCGGCUAGGAAGGUCGGAAGGCCGCGAGGCCGAAAGAGGAAACAGACUGAGAUUGAGCCCGACACUGAGGAGGAGGUGGAAUCCGAGGAGGCGCCCAAGAAGGCCGUUAAGAAGGAAGAAGCCCCUCCCAAGGUGUACAGGAAGCGCGGCCGCAAACCCAAGAAUAACAAGGAGAGCCCAGGGCGCCGCUAUGGGUGCUGCGGGCGGCGUUUCGCGUCGCAGCAGGCGCUGCGGCGGCACGCGUGCACGACGCUGCGGAUGCUGACGUGCGACUUCUGCGGCCAGAUGUACACCUCGCUCGAGGCCAUCCGACGGCACGUACGGCGGCAGCACCUGCUGGCGCACGCGUGCCAGGCGUGCGCGGCGCGGUUCGAAAGCGCCAAGGGCCUGGAGCGCCACCGGCUGACCUGCCUGCCCGCCAGCUGUCCGCAGUGCCAGCAGAGCUUCCCGAGCGCGGCCGCCGUCGAGCGUCACGUGCGCUCGACGCACGAGGCGCGCUUCGUGUGCCGCUUCUGCGGCAAGCGCUUCGCGCUGCGCACCAAGCUGACGGACCACGAGCGCUCGCACACCAACGAGCGGCCGUUCGAGUGCGCGCUGUGCCCGGACAAGGCGUUCACCUCCAAGGCCUACCUGCUGGCGCACAUGAAGCAGAAGCACGUGAAGCGCGAGGAGAGUCUCAGCUGCGACGUGUGCCUCAAGACGUUCGCCUCCAUCAAGGGCCUGCGCAGCCACCGCGUCACGCACUUCGACGAGCUGAAGAAGUUCGUCUGCCGCAUCUGCAAGGCCGCCUUCCACGCCCGGCACAACCUGGCCUCGCACCACCUGGUGCACACCGGCGAGAAGGCCUUCAGCUGCGAAGAGUGCGGAGCGCCGUUCACCCGCCGCUCCAGCCUCAAGGCGCACGUCAGCUUCAAACACAGCAAGGAGCUGGCCAGCCACGUGUGUCCCGAGUGCGGAAAGCGCUUCCCGCAGACGUCGCACCUCAAGAGGCACCUGCUCACGCACACCGGCGAGCGCAGCCACCUCUGCGACCUGUGCGGCAAGAGCUUCUCGCAGGUGGCGCAUCUGCACACGCACAAGCGCCUCAGGCACAAGGUGCUGCCCUACGAGUGCGGCGUGUGCGGCCGACAGUUCAAAUUGAAAACGGACUUGCUCACCCACAUGGGCGAGCAUCUCCUGCAGCGAUCCAGAGAAGGCGACGUCGACAAGGAAGAGAAGGAGGCGGCGGUGCAGCCGGCCGAGGUGGAUCGGCUCGAGGCGCUGGACGCGCUGACGUGCGACGCGUGCUUCAAGCCAUUCCACACGCUGCCCGACCUGAAGCGCCACUUGCGUUCGCACGCGAAGCGCAUCACGAAGCGGCCGACGCCGUGCCCGUACUGCCGGCAGCGGUUCGCGCUGCGCUGCGUGGAGCGGCGGGUGCACAUCGAGCGGUGCCACCCGCCGCGCUUCAAGUGCGACGACUGCGAGUACGUGGCGCGCUCGCUCGGCGACCUCGAGGAGCACUUCAAGGCGCAGCACGCCGUGCAGGUGCGCGUGCGCCGCGAGUUCUUCUGCGACCUGUGCCCGGGCCGCAAGGCGUACCUGAAGCGCCGCAGCAUGCGCGAGCACUUCCAGCGACGCCACCUCAAGCUGAACGUGUGCCAGCACUGCGGGCGCGCGCACGGCAGCCCGGCGGCGCUGCUGGUGCACGAGCGGCUGCACACCGGCGAGCGGCCGUACGUGUGCGAGAUGUGCGGCCGCGCCUACCACAACGCGUCCAGCCUCAACAUGCACAAGCACUCGUACCACCGCGGCGACGCCAACCGCCGCGCCCCGCAGGACCGGCUCGUGUGCCAGCUGUGCCAGGAGCGCUUCCUCACGCUGGAGGCGGUGCGCGAGCACCUCGAGUCGGUGCACGGCGUCAUGCGCGGCGACUCGGCGCGCGAGCGCGGCUUCGAGUGCGAGGUGUGCCACAAGCGGUUCACCGCGCUGCAGACGAUGCGCGACCACAUGCUGCUGCACCGCGGCGAGCGGCCGCACGAGUGCCACAUCUGCAACAAGCGCUUCACCACGCGCAGCGUGCGCAACAAGCACGUCCUCGUGGUGCACCAGGGCAUCGACGAGCGCCGCUUCGCCUGCUCGGCGUGCGGCAAGCGCUUCGUCAACCGCCACAAGCUGACCGUGCACGAGCGGCUGCACACCGGCGAGCGGCCCUUCACCUGCGAGGUCUGCGGCAAGACCUACACCAACGCCAGCCGCGUCAAGGAGCACAAGAUGGCCGUGCACAAGAUCAUGCCCUACAAGUGCGACAAGUGUCCCAAGGAGUUCAAGGUCGGCUCGGAGCUGCGACUCCAUCAGCUGGUGCACGCGCAGCUGCCGCAACCGCCGCCCCCGCAGCCGGUGCAAAUGUGA